CUGCGCAGAGGGGGCCGAAUGCGUGCGGCCGCUGCCGAGGACUGCGGAAGAGCGCAAGGAGCACUUUCGGACCGAGAAGCAGCGCAUCUACAAGGAGGAGCUGAUCAAGUACGCAAAGUGCGACUACGGGGCGGACGUGAUGCGGCAGUUCAUCGCCCGCCGCCUGGACGGCGAGCUCGCGGAUCCCGGAGCUAUUGAGAGGAAAAAUCCCCCCUCCCCAUAUCGAAAAGGUAUGUUUGCAAAAAUUUGUGUUGCGGAUUUGAGGUCACAAAUCACAUCUGUCUUGCAAGAAGGCAAACCCAAAGAAUCCGCCGCCUUAGGGAGGCGAUUUGUAAUGCUGUUUCACCUACAUGGCAGGCCCCUCUUAUGCCAAGAGCCUACAACAAAACACCCCUACGCAGGCUGAGGCGUUGCCUGUAGUGCCUCGCUGCAAGACAGGGCUGAUUUGUGUAUACAAAUCCAGCAACAGAAGUUUCCGUUUCAAUAUGGGGAGGGGGGACUUUUCAUUUUGAUAGGAGCGGCGUUCAGUUUUGGACAGUCGAAAAACAAGGACGUCGACAUCGAGUUCCACGGUUACGACACGCAAUACUGGAAAAACAUGCAGAACCACCUGCACUUCGCGUCGUCGGAGGGCGCAGAGGCGUUUUUCCAGUCCAUCCCGACGAUUACCCGCAAGCAGCUGCAAUCACACGGGUACCCCGCUUUUGCCGGGGAGCCCCACACACCGACGGCCGAGGCGGUGGAGCAGGCCGGCGCAGACGAUCAGGGCGGAGAGAAAGACGAGGAGGCCAUGGAGGUAAACGCCUGUCGCACGAGGGAAUUCGCUGAAGUGGAAAAAGAGACCGAGGAGGUGGAGGACGCGGUCGAGGGUGAGACGGAGGAAGGCGAAGAACCGGCAGGACAACAAACCAACGGAACCGGGGCUGCAGGCGCGACUGCUGCAGCGCCGGCGGGGGCAGAGGUGGCCGGCGCUGAAGCAGCGGGCGGGAAGAAAAGGUUCAAGACAGUUAAAGAGAUGACUGCGGACACGAUCAAGAAAGGGGUGGAUCCCAAGGAUGCAGCGCAUCUCUAUCACAAAGCUAUGGAGCGACUGGUGUACGAGAAUUUUCUGCGCAUGGGUCGGCCGCUUCCGCCGAAGUCUACACUUCUGAAAGCAGCGGAAAAGGCAGAGCCGGCGUCUGAUGAGGACGAAGGUUUCCUGGCGCAACUGCGGCGGAACUUGUUCGGUGGUACGGAUUCCGAGAGCGCACGUGAAGGCGGUAACACCCCCGAGGCUGAGCUGACGCCGGAGGGGUUGCCGAAGGAGGAAGUUUUGGAGAGCCUAGUGCCUCCUGACGAUCGUGACCACGGGGAGGAUCCGCCAAUGCCGCUCCCGUUGUUCGCCAAGGACGAGUUCGCACACCGCGCGCACACAGUGAACUACGGUGCGGGACCACCCGGUGAGGUGCCCUUCGCGUACCUGCACCUCCGUCGGCGCCACUCGGAUUUUGCCGCGAAUGUAGUUGAGCGCCUCCGCAGGGCGGAACAGAAAUUUAUGGACCCCGGUAUGAAGGCAGAGCUGUCGCUCGGCGACAUCACAGGCAAAAUGCGGUCGAAGAUGGAGGAAAAAGCCGAGGAGUUUCGCAAUUCCAAGGUGCUGACGAAGGACGGGUUGCAGGAGCAACUGGUGAAAACCGCGACCAACGCGAAGGACAAGGCAAACAAGGCCGCAGUUGGAUCGUUGGACGCUCUGGAGACCUCCCUAGAAGAGGACGAGAAGAACACGCAACGUGCGAGCGAUUUACCACAGCUGGACACGGACAAGUUGAACGCCGUGGACCACGAAGUACAGGAAAUCGACCCUAACAGUGUGAAGCCCAAAGAUCUGGCAGCGGAGGAGGGCGGCCCGAACACCAUGGACGUACCGCACGCGAGCGACCUGCCGGCGGAGCACGACGGGGAACAGCCCGAGCUGGAAAAGUCGCAGGUUGAAGAGCAGGAGCCCGGCAAGCGGUGGCUGCCGUUGCUUUUUGCACACACCACCGAGGAGGACUACCUCGCGGCCGUAAACCAGGUCGCCGAGGAGGUUGGCGUCACCUGCCGCGCGCGGACGAGCAAGAACCUGUUACUGCAGCACGCUAUGCAAAACGCAGGCGGUGGCAUGGCGGUCGAAGCGCCCAAGGAGUGCCGGCCGGUAAUCGGGCAGUGCGAGGGGAUCGCGGACCCGCAGGCCUGCGCAGAUGCGAAAGUGUGCCGCCUGCAGUUCAACCGGUGCCAGCCCGCGAACGUGGAGGUGGCAACCGCCCACGAGGUGGCCAAAUGUGGAGCACACAAGAAGAGAGACACGUGUUCUGAAAGCGAGGGCUGCGCGUGGAAGCAUUUUCAGUGCCGGUCGUCGCAUCUGAAUGCACGGAAACUGAUGCGGGAAGCCUGGAACCGGCAAUCCCCCUGGAGUCACGCUGGCUGCCAAAUGGCGACAAACCAGGGUCAGUGUGACGAGCUCGGAAGCUUUUGCCAGUUCGCACCCGCGAAGACCUGUCGGCGAACGGCGGGAGCAAAAGGAGUGAAGCCCGACCGAUGCCGGCUGGCGGUCGAGGGGACCGCUGAGAAUGUUCAAGCGGGUUGCGAGCACGCGGGCCCGGCCGAUGUGUGCGAAGUGGUGCCCGCGCUCCUAACGACCAGGAUCACGAAAGCGCGGCACUUGCCGCCACUGCCCGGUUCCCCGGAGACUUUGCUGGACGCGCAGCAUCGCCAGGAGGACGCCAACUCUUUCGUCGCAGUCAGUCAGGAACAGGGUGCGUUCGAAUGGCCGGUCCUGCGCGAGCUGGCUGUGGUUCCAAAAGAGGUAAUGAUUCAGGUGAAGGAGGCGAUCGCAAAGCUUCCGGAUGUGUUUGGUCCCAAGAUCACGGCCAUGAUUGACGCUGACAAAAAAGACAUAGCGGAAAGCACCGACGCGAUGCACGAGGAGGAGCCGUCAGAAGAUCUUUCUGCGAAGUUAGAAAAGGAACCCUCGGGAACUGUAUCAAAGAGUGGAAGAGGAAGUCCUCCGCCUGGGUGGGAGUGCCCCCACAAGAAAGUCAUUAAGCACUCACACACUAUAACUAUCGGGGGAACGGAGAAUAACGCUGGUGCUGCAGCGGCUGGUGCUGCAGUGGGCGGUGCUGCUGCAGCGGCCGGUACUGCCGCAGCGGGCGGUGCUGCAGCGGGCGGUGCUGCAGCGGGCGGUGCCGCAGCGGGUGCUACUACCACAUCGGUGGCGGAGGACGUCAAAGCGCUGGCGAAGCAAGAGGCUGACAACGUUGUGGAGCAGGCAGAGUUAGAAAAUCUCGCGCAGGACCGUAGUCUCGCACUUAUGAGCGAGUUCGAGCCUGCAGUGCAAAAGGACGUCGAAGAUGGUGCAACUGCGCGUUGUCCGCUGGGGAACAAACUCGUCAAGACCCGGAGCGGCGACACGGAAAAUGACAUGGCGUUCUACCGGGACAUGCGGCAAAACGCCGUGUCCGACGGCUUCCUGGACCGCAUCCUAAAGACCUUCGCGGUAGUGAAGAAAGACAUGGCGGCAAAGGACGACAACCCCAUGUGUUCCAACAAGGAUGCAGAGGCGCAGAAGCAGGUCGAGGGCGACAGUACGGCGGCUGCGAAGAGCUCCGAACCGAAUGCAACAGAAGCGACGUCCCUACUCGAAACCGGGCAGGGGCCGGCAGAACCCUCCGGGGGCGAGGAGGGUGCAGCGGCGGCAACCGGAGAGGAUCCGGCUAACAAACCCGUUGAGGAGCCCGCAUCCAAAUUUUCGGAUACGGAGUGCUCUUGCAAAUCUGGCUUCGGAGGCAUAGCGCACACCAAGAAGGUGAUGCAAGAGAACCAAGCGUGGUUCAUUCAGCACUACGUGAAAGACAAAAAGAACCAAGCCUCCGAAAUGCUGAAUUCGCAGGAACUGUACGGCUCCGCCGCCAAUUCCAUGCAGGCUCUCUUGUAUCGGGCGAUGAUCGCCCUGGCCCGGUUCAUCGUCCGCGCCAACAAGGUGCAACGGGAAACGCUGGACACUUUAAGUAAUUUUUGGGGCAACAUGUCGGCCGUGGCGUUCCUGUUCGUUUUGACGCGCAUGGGGUCCAACAGCGAGGAGGUUCUCUCGAGUUGGUUCUCCACCCCGGCUACGGACGUCGUCGGGGACACGCGGAAAAACCCGGACUACGACAAUUUCCGCAGUAGUAAGAAGAAUUUCGGCUCGGUCUGGAAUCUGCCCAAGUUCGACCACUGCCAGCUCCUCCGCCCGGAGCAGUGCGAGAACGUGGAGCCCUGUGUGAAGGUGCCGAUUGACGAGUCGGACGACGUGCCGCCGCCGAAGCCACGGACGGAGGAUCCUCUUACGGGGGAAAAAUCGGAGAACUUUGUCUGCAUGAAUCGGGAGGACGCGGCCUCGCAAACGGUGCCUCGGUUGAGUAGAAAGCAGAAGCGGAAUGCUGUGUCGGCACACGACAGUCUCGGCGACCGGUUCUUGGGGUUGACGAAGACAAACGGGCGGACGCCGGACUGGGCGUUUGACUGGGAUUUCGAAAAGCCCGUGAAUCCCACGCUGGUCAUGCCGCCAGUUGUCAAAAACGCAAAAUUGGUGGACGUGAAAUCGUUUGCCAACCGGAACAACGCCAAUACUUUUUUUGAUAACGCCGUUUACAGGUACCGAAUGUAGCGCGUUUUAGAAAAGGCGUUUUCUGCAUCGGCUCUUUUUUUUCCGUAAAUAGACGAAGAGUUCUUCAUCUGCCUCUGAGCAAUGUAUAAAUAUGUAUCAACAAAACCGCCUACUGAGGCGGUCACGGCGACACACAUCGACCUCUGUAGUACUCUCCGCAAAGUUUUUCUCAGUUGUCCUAGUUUUCGUUAGUCUAGAACUACGUGACAACGGACUUCGGAAUUGGUGACUAGUUUUCAACGACGCAUUAAAUAAAAGACGCCGAAUACGGUGUCCGCACUCAAGUUUUACUUUCGUUUCAAAGUUUCAACAGUACGGCUACGUACGCCGACAGCACGGUAGGGGCGCUUUGAGAGUGAUUUUUGUAUAAUUUUUUUUACUACUUUUUUCGUUUCGGUUUCCGUUUCCCUCGUUAGCUCUAAGUAGGUGAAUAGCUUCCAAGAUUGCAAGAUAAUUGUUUCGAAGAAAAUUAUUACGCAGAGCUGCAAGAACCUCGUUCUUUUGCAUUCAUCUGCAUGAUCGAAGAAUGGAAAAGAAAGUCACAAUGGAUUGCUGUAA